GCCACAGUCUGCGGCUAUCCAAUAAGCAUCUUUUUUAUUGUGGUCAACGAAUUCUGUGAGCGAUUCUCCUACUAUGGCAUGCGAGCUGUGCUGGUGUUGUACUUCAAGUACUUCCUCAAAUGGGACGAUGAUUUUGCCACUACCAUCUACCACACCUUCGUAGCUCUCUGCUACUUGACACCAAUCCUCGGAGCCAUUGUCGCCGACUCAUGGCUUGGAAAAUUCAAGACUAUCAUCUACCUGUCCAUUGUUUACGCGGUGGGCCAGGUCAUCAUGGCUAUCAGCGCCAUCAGUGACAUCACAGAUACAAAUAAAGAUGGGACCCCUGACAACAUGACCUUCCACAUAGCUCUGUCCAUGGUGGGCUUGUUGCUCAUCGCUCUGGGAACAGGUGGCAUUAAACCCUGCGUGGCUGCGUUCGGUGGAGACCAGUUUGAAGACCACCAGGAGAAGCAAAGAAGCACCUUCUUCUCCAUAUUCUACCUGUCCAUCAAUGCAGGCAGUUUGCUGUCUACCAUCAUCACACCCGUCCUCAGAGCCUAUGAAUGUGGUGCUGUCAAGCAGCAGUGCUACCCUCUGGCCUUCGGUGUUCCUGCAGCUCUGAUGGUGGUCGCUUUGAUCGUGUUCAUAGUUGGAAGUGGAAUGUACACUAAGACUGCACCUCAAGGCAACAUCAUGGUCAGAGUCUGCAAGUGUAUUGGAUUUGCAAUCCAGAACCGCUUCAGGCAUCGUUCUUCUCAGUACCCGAAGAGAGAACACUGGAUGGACUGGGCAGAGGAGAGAUAUGACAAACUUCUGAUUGCCCAGGUGAAGAUGGUGUUGAAGGUUCUGUUCCUCUACAUUCCACUGCCAAUGUUCUGGGCUCUGUUUGACCAGCAGGGUUCCAGAUGGACUCUCCAGGCCACCACCAUGAAUGGCGACUUUGGAAUUCUCACAAUCCAGCCAGAUCAGAUGCAGACCGUUAACCCAAUCUUGAUCCUGGUUUUGGUACCGAUUAUGGAUAGUAUCAUCUACCCGCUGAUUGCCAAGUGCAAAUUAAACUUCAGUCCACUGAAGAGGAUGACAGUGGGAAUGUUCCUCGCUGCUCUUGCAUUCGUUGCUGCUGCUCUGGUUCAGAUCCAGAUCGAUAACACACUGCCUACAUUCCCAUCAAAGACUCAAAGCCAGGCGAAGUUCAUCAAUAUGCUGAACACAUCGCUGACAAUCAAAGCUGGACAGAACGACCUGGAACUGCUGCCUUUUAAGGCCAGUGACGACUACCUGACCUUCGAUGAUUCAUUUAUUUUGAAUUUGGGACCUGGGGUCGAUCAAGCUGUCAGUUUACCAGAUGGGAAUAGAAGUACACUGGUCAUUAUUAAAGAUGGACGUGAGCCCAGAUAUCAGAUGUUUUCAGACCUCAAGACCAAACCAGAGCAGGGUGCUAAUGCUAUCAGAUUCCUGAAUGGUUUUGAAAAACUAUUGAAUGUCACAGUGGGUAAUGAGCUUUUUGAGAGCAUCGUCACCAACAACAUGUCCGGUUACAUUAAUGUCAAAAAGGGAAAUGCAGUGUUUGGUAUCAGUGAUGGUGUGCAGACGUGUACCUACCAGCUAACACUGGGCUUUGGCAGUUCAUACACCCUGAUCAUCCCACCUUCUUUAACAUUUGGACAAGAAUGUGGAGGCAUUGAGUCAGAGAUGGACAUCAGUCCCAACAGCAUCCAUAUGGCCUGGCUGAUCCCCCAGUAUUUCCUCAUCACUGCAGGAGAGGUGGUGUUCUCUGUCACAGGACUGGAGUUCUCCUAUUCACAGGCACCCAGCAACAUGAAGUCUGUGCUGCAGGCUGGGUGGCUGUUAACUGUUGCCGUGGGUAACAUCAUUGUACUUAUUGUUGCUGAAGCAGCUACACUUGAAGAACAGUGGGCCGAGUACAUCCUCUUUGCCUCUCUGCUGGUGCUGGUGUGUAUCAUUUUUGCCAUCCAGGCCUAUUUCUACACCUAUAUCGACCCAACCGCCAUAGAAGCUCAAUUUACCAAGAGGGAGCCUGACGAGAAGGAGAAGAGGAAGAGUAUUGAGAUGGUGAAGAAGGAUUCAGUUGAGAACCACAAUGAGAAAAGGAAGGCCUCCCACUCCAGCUCUAGCUCCAGUGAUGAGGAAACCAAACAGACCAGGAUUUAACCCCUCUCUUCUUUAAUGCCUUUCUUGGUAUAUGACUGCUGCUUGGUUCUGUGUCAGAGGGCGCCUGCAGCUGGAAGUUGUUCAUUUGGGUGUGAAAUCUGGCAUUCUGUUGGACAUGUAGUGGUUCAAACAGAUGGACCAUCUGAGUUUGAGGAACACCAAAACAAGGGCUUAGGUGUGAAGCUCUUGGUGGACAGUGUUAGUAAAAUUCAAACUAAAGGGAACAAUUUUAGAGUCAAAUAGGAGAAUUUUCCACAGGUUGGUCACAUAAUUAAAACCCCUGAAUCUUUAUUAGUUGUGAUUUGUUGCUCUCAAUGUUGUAAAUUUAUUUUUGCACUGUGUUGCCAUGUCUUUAUGCAAUCACGUGUUUGAUAGUCUUUUGUAAUGUAUUGGCAUAAAAAAAAUAUUCCAAUUUGUAUUUAUUUCCAAACACAGUGUUGUAUGUAUUGUAAUAUAUUGUCAGUUCUACUUAUACAUGAUGUACAUCUGCUCCAGGAUAACAUCUCAUAAUCAAGGGCUGUUUCAUUCAGUCCAACUCCACAUUCAAAGUCAGACAGCAUUUUAGCCUGUGAUGAUAAUCUGCAAAAAUGCCUUGUAAUGUACAUAAACCUUUGUCGGUUAACAUCUGUACUGCCUCAGGUUUCAUUUGAAAGGGUGUUUAUCUA